AUGAAAAUUGCAGGUUUAUGGGGAAGGAAUGGGGAGAGCGGAACUGAUUGGAUAGUUCUUUUAAAGAUACAGCACAGGCACGGAUCAACAGUCAGCUUCUACAACAUUUGCUACAGUGUGAAGAUCAAGAGCGGUUUACCAUGUCUCCAUAAAACCAACGUGAAGGAGAUCCUAAGUGGUAUCAAUGGCAUCAUGAGACCUGGAAUGAACGCUAUCCUGGGUCCCACAGGAAGUGGAAAAUCUUCGUUACUUGACAUUUUGGCUGCAAGGAAGGAUCCUUCUGGUUUGAAAGGACAAGUGCUUAUUGGCGGUGCACUACAACCUCCUAACUUCAAGUGUAUCUCUGGAUAUGUUGUACAGGAUGAUGUGGUAAUGGGAACGCUGACAGUGAGAGAGAAUUUACAGUUUUCUGCUGCACUGCGUUUACCGAGGAGCAUUCACAACAGGGAGAAGAAUGAAAGGAUUGACCAGGUCAUGAAAGAACUUGGACUGACCAAAGUGGCAGACUCCAAGAUUGGAACCAUGUUUAUUCGGGGAGUGUCUGGUGGAGAAAGAAAGAGGACAAAUAUUGGAAUGGAACUGAUCAUUGACCCAUCAUAUUUGUUCUUGGAUGAACCGACCACCGGUUUGGAUGCUAGCACAGCAUUUGCUGUCCUGUUGCUGCUGCAAAGAUUGUCAAGAAAAGGUAAAACAAUUAUCUUCACAAUCCACCAGCCCAGGUACUCUAUCUUUAGACUGUUUGACAGCUUGACACUUCUGGCCAGUGGCAGACUGGUGUUCCAUGGUCCAGCCUUGGAGGCAUUGGAUUAUUUCUCAGGACUCGGUCACAGCUGCGAGCCAUUCAACAACCCUGCUGACUUUUUCCUCGAUAUUAUCAAUGGAGACUCAACUGCAGUGAGUUCACAUAAAGCUGUAGACUUCGAUCCAGAAUUGGCUCUUGAUGCAUCUGCUUUAAAGAAAGAAACUACCAUAGUAGACAAACUCGCAGAGGAAUACUCCAAAUCCACCUAUUACAGUGAAAUAAUGUCUGAAUUAAAGAAGCUGUCUCAGGGAAAAGAUGAAAAUCCUGUGUCAGAUUCUAGGAGGAUUACGUAUACAACAUCAUUCUUUCACCAACUGAAAUGGGUGACUAAACGAUCCUUCAAAAACCUCCUUCGGAAUCCCCAGGCUUCAAUUGCUCAGAUGCUGGUUGUAAUUUUCUUGGGGCUGAUUGUGGGAGCCAUAUUUUUUGGAGUGCCUGAUGAUUUGGCAGGAAUUCAGAACAGAGCAGGUGCAAUGUUCUUCAUGAUCAACAUUCAGUGUUUCAGUAGCCUAUCUAUUGUUCAGCUGUUCAUCCCAGAAAAGAAGAUUUUCAUACAUGAAUAUAUCAGCGGAUACUACAGAGUAAGUUCAUACUUCAUAGCAAAGUUAUCUGUUGACCUGAUAACCAUGAGAGCAGUACCAGCCAUUGUAUUUGCAAUUACAACCUACUUCCUGAUAGGAUUCAAGUUACAACCUGUUGCCUUUUUCAUCACAAUGCUGACAUUGAUCCAAGCGUCUAUUACAGCUUCAUCUCUGGGACUGGCCAUUGCGACUGGACAGGACAACGUAGCAGUUGCCAACCUUUAUAUUAAUGUUAUAUUUAUUCUCAUGAUUAUCUUUUCAGGCCUCUUGGUGAACCUGCCGAGUGUUGUAAACUGGUUGGCUUGGCUGAAGUAUUUAAGUAUCGCACGAUAUGGUUUCACAGCUCUACUGUUGAACGAAUUUGUAGGUCUGAGUUUUUGCAACAGCUCUGAAUCACAAGUCAUAACUAGCAUGUUACAGUGUACAGGAGAGCAAUACCUUUCCAGACAAGGAAUUGAAAUAUCUGAAUGGGCUUUGUGGCAGAAUCAUGUGGCAUUGGCAUCAAUUAUGCUUAUUUGCUUGACAAUUUCCUACUUGGAACUCAGGUUUAUGAAGAAAAUGUCAUAG